AUGAAGUUUGGAAUCUUCAUGGCGCCGUUCCACUGGAAAGGCGAGAACCCAACGUUAUCCCUUGAACGCGACCUUGAGAUUAUCCAGUGGCUCGAUCAGCUAGGCUACGAUGAAGCCUGGAUAGGCGAGCAUCACAGCGCGGGCUGGGAGAUUAUCGCCUCGCCGGAAGUGUUCAUCGCGACUGCCGCGGAGCGCACGCGAAAUAUCAAGCUCGGAACGGGUGUCAUCAGCCUGCCAUACCAUCAUCCGAUGAUGGUCGCCAACCGCAUGGUGCUGCUCGACCACCUGACGCGCGGGCGUGUGAUGCUCGUGUGGGUCCCGGCGCGCUCGUAA